AUGGCAAAGGAACCGUGCACGGACUUCAGGAUGGAAUCGCUCGAAAGUUUCGAACCACUGGUCAACCCCAUCCGACAGUAUCGGAACCGAUCGAAGCGAACGCUGAAGACGGGAGAGGAGAAACUGGCGGAAGUGCUUGCCAAGAUAGCAUCGCUGCAGAAAAGCUCCGAAAAAACGGAUGGUAUCGAUCGGACGAAGGUCCGCACCUAUAAUGUAAAGCUGCGUCUACGAAAAAGUCUGCUGUACAGGUGCUUUGACUGUGGCAGAUGCUUCGCCAAUUCGGACUUUCUUGAGCUGCAUGAAAAAUCGCACACAGAGCAGGGUAAAUGUGACAUCGAUCUGCGCCAGGAACCGGCCGAUUCAGAAAUGAAUCUCAAGCAGAAUGCUUGGUUUGUGAAUGACUUUGGUGAGGAAGGUGAUGAAGAGGGCGGUGACGGGGAACACAUCGUGCAGCUCGACUGUACGGUAGAGGAAGGCGAAGACAUCUUCGACAUUACGUUUGAUCGUACAAAGUGCGAGAAGACGUACACGAUGAAGUACAAGGUGAAGAAGGAACCGGUAGGCAAGUGUGAACACUGUUCGAAGCAGUUCUAUUCGGCGGAAUACUUAAAGCUGCACGAGCUGGAACACGAGAAGUCAUUCGACAUUGCCAACAUUGAGCCGAGCAUCAACAUUAUUCGGUCGCCCCGGAUUGAAGAGAGCACCAUGACACUGGACGACAGCUUUUACGAGGCGCUGGAUGUGAAUGAUAUUAUCGAGCAUAGCAGCGGUACGAUCGACUGUUCGACCGAUGGUAGACUUGCGACCGGUACAGGUAUAAUGCUCGAGUAUUGCAUCAUCCCUAGGCGAUCGGUAAGUGGUGAGAAAGAGUUGCCCCAGGUAAAAGAGCAUCCACUGUGCCACAUGGUAAGGGAAAGAGAGGAGAGGGAUAGGAAAGACGACAAUGCGGCCGUUACACGAAUAGUCAAUCAAUCCGAGUGCCAACCAACGGUGGUAGUAAAGCAAGAGAAAGAUGUGAUAAUUAAGGAGGAACCCAUCGAUGAGCAACCACCAGUGACGAUGGUCAAGCAGGAGAUUAAGGAAGAAGUCAUGGAUGAUGAAGUUGAAGCCUGCAAUGUUCAGCAGCAAGUUGAGUUUCCAUCGGACCAUUUGGAAGCAAAAUAUACAUGUUCGAAUUGCUCGAAACGAUUUCGAUUUCGGGCGGAUUUGCUCGUGCACGAACGUACGCACUCCGGCAUCAAAGCGUACCGUUGCCAGGAUUGUGCGGAAACGUUUGUCUCGCGAGGAAAAUUAUACUUUCAUUCCCUCGAUCAGCAUAGGAAUCGUUCAGAUUGA